AUGAACGACAUCCCAUCAUCCUCCCAUACGACUGCCACCUGUCUCGACUCAUCGUGCAAGGUAUGCGUCAUCCAAAAAAGGAAGUUGCAAACGCAACUCAUGGGAGACUUGCCAAAGGAACGGACCACCUUCUCGCGUCCUUUCACAUAUACCGGCAUGGACUACGCCGGUCCCUUCGACAUCAAAAAUUAUACGGGACGAGCCUGUCUUAUCACUAAGGGGUAUGUGUUGGUGUUCGUUUGCUUCUCGACUAAGGCCAUCCACUUAGAGCCUACGUCCGACCUUACUACCGAAAAGUUUCUCGCAGCGUUCGCCCGCUUCGUGGCUCGAAGAGGAUGCCCCCGUCAAGUGCAGUCGGAUAACGGGAAGACUUUCGUGGGGGCGGCUGCCCAACUCUCCCGAGACUUUCUCCACGCUCUCAAAGAGGCUGUGACGGGGGCCUACAGUCACCAGCAGCUGCUCUGGCAGUUCAUUCCUCCGGGAGCACCCCACAUGGGAGGCUUGUGGGAGGCAGGCGUAAAGAGCUUCAAAACCUUGUUUUACAAGUCCACGGCCACGCGAAAAUACACGUUUGAAGAGCUUGCCACACUUCUGGCUAGAAUCGAAGCUUGCCUGAAUUCGCGUCCGCUCGCGCCAAUGUCCGAAGACCCCGCGGACCUGUUGGCACUGACUCCGGGGCACUUUCUUGUUGGGGGGCCCCUCCUCGCCGUGGUUGAACCCGAAAUAAAGGGGGACACCACGUCCAUCAUAAACCGCUGGCAACACCUGAAGGCUCUUAACCAACAAUUUCGUCUACGAUGGAAGGAGGAGUACCUGAAGGAACUCCAUAAGCGGAAUAAGUGGCGAGCCCCGGCAAGGGAUCUUCAGGUCGGGGACAUGGUGGUUGUCAAGGAGGACAACCUUCCUUCCAAUGAAUGGCGUUUAGGCAGGAUUGAUGCGGUCUUUCCCGGAGCCGAUGGCCAUGUCCGUGUGGUCGACAUCCGCACGGCGCGGGGAGUCAUGAAGCGUCCCAUAGCGAAGCUCGUCCUUCUUCCGACGGAAGCCUCCGCCGGUCCCCAAUAG